CCCGGAUGUUGAACGUUUGUUGUGAGCAGGAAGAAUAUCGAGGGUCGACAGAUUGCUGCAGGAUGCUUUUUAACCGAUGUGUCAGCUGAUAAACGUUGCACUUACAAAGGUUGAAGACCCUUUGAGGUGGAGGUCAAAAUAAGUACAUCUGUACGAUUGCUUUGAGGAGACAUUAUUUUGACCUCUGCUGGACUGCGACCAGAACCAUGUCGAAUAUUCUGAUCAACGUGAGCCUUUCUGACGAGCCUGCGCAGAAGAGGCCGCCGGCGGCAAACUGGAAAAACAAAAACAAGCGGUAUCGUAAAAAGCCCCGUGAGUUUGAGCACAGGGCCUCCUCCUCUCUGGAAGGAAGGAAUAAUUACAACCACAGAACGGGACAAGUCCUGCCUCCACGGCAAAAUGGAGCAAAUCAUUCAGCGCCUCCGACUUCCUCGAACAACACGACUUUACCGUCAAACUCACUCUGCAGCGCCUCGCCUUCAACGUCCGCUCAGUGCCAGGAAAAAACAAAUGAUUCUGGGAACAGAAAGCAUCGCCCCCCGUGCUCCAGCAGCCAGAAGCCCACCACCACUCAGUCCUCCUCCUCCUCCUCCUCCUCCUCCUCCUCCGCACCAGCAAUGCCCACCAAGUUCCUGGCCAUCGACUGUGAGAUGGUGGGCACGGGGCCGAAGGGCAGCAACAGCCAGCUGGCCCGCUGCAGCCUGGUGUCGUACGACGGAGACGUGGUCUACGAUAAGUUCAUCAACCCCCCCGUGCCCAUCACGGACUACCGGACCCGGUGGAGCGGCAUCCGGCACCGAGACCUCGUCAACGCCACGCCUUACAUCGAGGCCAGGAAGGAGAUACUUCGCCUCCUGAUGGGCAAGGUGGUGAUCGGACACGCCAUCCACAACGACUUCAAGGUGCUGGGCUACGCGCACCCCGGGGUACUGACCAGAGACACGUCCCGCAUCCCGCUCCUCAACCGGAGGGCCGGCUUCGCCCCCAACGAGGUCGCCUCGCUGAAGAGACUCACCAAGGCCAUCUUCAACAGAGACAUCCAGACUGGGAGGAAGGGCCACUCCUCGGUGGAGGACGCCCGGGCCACCAUGCAGCUCUACAGAGUGGUGGAGGAGCAGUGGGAGAGGACUCUGGCCUCAAAAGCUCAGAACACCUAGUGCCAGCUUUCAAGAGACCACAUGGAAAUAAAAGCGGGUUUAAAUUGGACUUUUUUUUGGUGUGUUUUGGAUGGACUCACCCCCCUGCUGUCCUGGUGACGUGUGAAUGAAGAAACCAGGUUCCUGACCUCCAGCUGGAUUCUGAUAUCAUGGGAGAUAAAAGCCUUCAGUUUCAGCUGCUCCUUCUCAGGGUUUGCAUUGUGUCUUAAGGUGCUCCUGCCACUAGGGGGCAGUCAUGUUUUCAUCCAGGCAACAGCAGUGCAUACAUGCUCACAAACAUGAUAAAAAAAAUAUUAUUUUCUACAAGGUAAGUGAGUUCAACUCAGAGUCAUGCCUACACCUCUGUGGUCUUCAUCUGUUUCCUUUAUGAUAUUCAUAACUAUUUAAAAUCUGACUAUUGCCCCUUUAAAAGUCAAUUAAAAAAGAACUAAAUUAUGCUUGAGUUGAUAUCAAACACAACGUCGGACAACAUUGCCACUAAAAUAACUCCCAUGUCAGUGUUUUUAAAUUGCUUUAAUUACGCUUAAGUGGAUAUCAAAGACAAUUCUCACUUUUAAAAUGUUUCUUCUAAAUUAUUUUUAGGUGGAGAUCAACAUCAAUUUAAAGUCUGACAACAUCGCCAAUAAAAAAAGCUCAAGUUUAAUAUAAAAAAUAUCUUAAUUACGCUUGAGAAGAUAUCAAACACAAUAUAACAUCUGACAAUAUUACCACAAAAAAAACAAAUGUACUUUUUGCACUCAUACUUUUCAGUCUUGAUGCAACCAAUGAUUUUUCUUCAGGGAAGUUUUUUGAAAUACUGGAAGCAUGGCGGUCUAGAGAGAAGACACUGUUACAAAAAAGUAGUUGGUGAAGAAUUUUACCUAAAAAAAAAGAAAAAAAAAAAGAUCAUUUUUAUUAUCGAUAUGUGAAAAAUAUACAUUCAUUUUGUUCAGUUUUGAUGCAAACAAUGUUCUUCAUGUAGUCAGACUUGGUUUUAGAAGGUGGCUCUCACUAUUUCACUCUUAAAAUGUGACUGAUUGUUUUAAAAAUGUUUUAAAAAAACUCUCUGUUAGGAAAAACUGCAAGUAUGGACAGUUAGACAGAAGGCACUGUUAAAGUAGUUGGUAGAGUAUAUUGCCAAAAAACAUUAUUGUAUAAAAACGUGAAGAUUACACAGAGUGAGAAUGUUGAUUCAGUCCCUGGUUAUUCUCAUAGCCGAGCCUUUAACAUCCAAUUUCCCCAAAAAUCUAAAGUAACAUGGAAACCUCCAUUUCAUGACUUUAUUUAAAUACUUCAUUAGAUCCUUUCUUGUUCAGAAAUCUCUCCGAUCAGUGACUGUAAAAGGUAUUUGGGAAUAUGGAAGUUUGUGUUGGAGUUCGUCGUACUGUUUCCUAUGCAACGUCAGACGGGUUCCGAUGUCUGCUGUAGAUUCAGAUUGGUGCUCAACUUCAAUAAAUCAUUUCCACAAUCAUU